UUUUUUUAAAAUCGAAAGUGAGCAUGCGCAUAAUGAGGGGGUUGGCCCUCUGAAGUUUGAACGGGACGGAAACGGCUGGUUCUGGGUCUGCGAGUUGCUCACUUUUUUGAGGGAAUAGGCCUAGUUUGCAUCUCAGCAUGUCAAUAGUAACAGUGCAACUUGGUCAGUGUGGUAAUCAGAUUGGUUUUGAAGUAUUUGAUGCUCUAUAUACUGACUCACACUGUCCCCAGGGACUCUGUUCUAAAAGAGAGAAUGAGGCAUAUCAAGCAUCUUGCAAAGAAAGAUUCUUCAGUGAGGAGGAAAAUGGAGUUCCAGUUGCCCGGGCUGUACUUGUUGAUAUGGAACCUAAAGUUACCAGUCAAACACUAUCAAAGGCUGCCCAGUCUGGCCGAUGGAAAUAUGGCCAGCAUUCAUGCUUCUGUCAAAAACAAGGUUCUGGAAACAACUGGGCAUAUGGUUACUCUGUUCAUGGACCCAGGCAUGAAGAAUCUAUAAUGAACCUAAUCCAGAAGGAAGUGGAGAAAUGUGACUCUUUGAGUGGUUUUUUCAUUAUAAUGAGUAUGGCUGGGGGCACAGGAUCAGGGCUAGGAGCCUUUGUUACACAGAAUUUACAAGAUCAGUACUCAAACUCUUUGAAAAUGAAUCAGAUUAUAUGGCCUUAUGGAACUGGUGAGGUUAUUGUCCAGAACUACAACUCCAUUUUGACUCUUUCUCACUUGUACCGAUCUUCAGAUGCCCUCCUUGUUCAUGAAAAUGAUGUUCUUCAUAAGAUCUGUGCGAAACUGAUGAACAUCAAGCAGAUCUCCUUUAGCGAUAUAAACCAAGUCCUUGCACAUCAGUUGGGAAGCGUGUUCCAGCCUACGUAUUCUGUGGAAGGCUCAUGUCACUACAGAAGAAAUCCAUUAGGAGACUUAAUGGAGAAUUUAGUUCCCCAUCCUGAAUUCAAGAUGCUGGGUAUUCGUAACAUUCCUCAAAUGUCUGAGAACUCACUGGCAUACAGCACAUUUACUUGGGCUGGCCUCCUCAAACAUCUGAGACAGAUGCUCAUUUCUAAUUCAAAAAUGGAAGAAGGUAUUGAUUGGCAGGUACGGCCUCCUUUACCAGGACUUCCUACUCUGGGUAAAGCGUCUCUCAACAGGGGGCUUCAUUUUAACAUGUCCAUCGCCAACUUGGUCAUCCUUCGUGGGAAAGAUGUGCACAGUGCGGAUCUGGGAGGAUUUAAAGAUUCAGCUCUCUAUACUUCUUGGUUAGAGCCUAUUAAUGCUUUCAAUGCGUGGAAAACCCACCGAGCCUUUAGCAAAUAUGAGAAGUCUGCAGCAUUGGUCAGCAAUAGCCAGUUCUUACUAAAACCACUUGAUACGAUUGUGGGCAAAGCGUGGAAUAUGUUUGCUUCAAAAGCCUACAUUCAUCAGUACACAAAAUUUGGAAUGGAAGAAGAGGACUUUUUGGACAGUUUCACAUUGUUAGAACAGGUUGUUGCCAGUUACUGCAACCUCUAAUCUCGAACAAAGGAAAAAAGUACCUUAAGUCAUUUUUGGGCUAAAAUAUUUUCAAUAGUACUUUCUCUGUACAGUUUUCAAAUGUCUACCUGUUAAAGUAACAAAGUCAAAUGCUGUUUCCUUUGGCAUAUUAUGACCACGGAAAAGGAGGAAAACCUUUUAAACCGAGAACAUCAUGUUUUCUUUUUUUUUUUUUUUUAAGAUUUUAUUUAUUUAUUUGACAGAGAGAGACACAGCGAGAG